AUGGCAUUUACAGUGACUAUGUUGACGUUUGAGGUGCUGGAAGAGAUAGCCAAAGCCAACAAUGACUUGGGGCUCACUUUAAAGGAAGGUGUGAAAGGAGCAGCAGCCAUGGGCGGUGGAGCAGCAGCUGGUGCCAUGGCUGGAGCCAUGGUAGCAGGACCUCCUGGAAUGCUUAUUGGAGGAGCUACAGGAUUUAUUUUUGGAAGUGCCGCAGCUUACAACAAUAUGAAGCCAUUCAAGCCACUCUGGGAAGUGCUAAAAGAGCUGAAUCCAGAGGAUAAGCAAAAGUUAGUGCAAGUUGGGAAGAAGGUGCUACAAGAGAAAGGAAUCGAUUUAGCAAACCAGAUCGUUGGGAUGUAUGGAGGCCAAGUAGCCAGUGAUUUCUUACGCUUGGUCUAUGAGGAAUUCAGUGGCAUUAAACUACAAUAA